AUGGGCGUGCCCCCUCUCACCGCUGACCGCUUGGCCCUGGCGCCCCUUCGGGUGGCCCCAGGCCUUCUCCAGGAACCUGUUCAGCCUGACCAGCCUCUCGCCUUCCAGCUACCCAAGGACAUAACCGGUCAGGCUGCGACUCACUGCAGGCCCGUCGCUCCCGGGUUACAAGCCGCCUCCUCUGCUGCCUCCUCUGCACCCUCUUCUGCCACCUCCUCUUCUACUCCUCUGCUGCUGCAGCCACAGCCACUGCUCCUGCCGCCGCCGCCCCCUCCGCUGUCUGUUGCUCCACAGCCUGGCAGAGGAAGCUCUGGGAGGAGCAACAGCGGAGAGCCCAGGAGGAAGGUGCCGCUCUUAGGCCUCAGAGGCCGCAGUACAGGCACUUUAUGUGCAAGCGCUGUGGCCAGCCAAAGACAAAAGUGUUUGGCCACAGCUGCGACAAGGCGGAACACUUUUGCUCCCGGGCCGAGGGGCGCUCAGUGGAGGAGUGGCUGGCUGGGAAGAGGAGCCAGGACCGCACAGUGUCUUGUUCUUCUCCCAUGACGUUUGCUGUCAAUGCUUUUGAAACCACCUGUUCUCUGUCAUCUCUCUGUUUGUUUUGCAGACUCAGUGAUCACUGACAGCCAGCCAGCGUGGGGGAUGAAGCCCAUGAACUGCAGACAGUAGGUGUUCUUCGGUUUUUAUUGACAGGACAGUCGCAGGUGCUUUAAAACACAACUGGGUUUAUUGACCAAUCCGCUCAUCUGCCCCUAACAGAAAUGCACACAGCCGAAUGACAAGGCGGGCCACAGCCGGACUUGUCGCUCUUCAAAUGCUGCUGCUGAUAACGAUGGUCAUGCUUCUGCUUCCACUGCCGCGUGUAAGUGAUCGCAAUCCACAGAGACAGCGCCACGAUUUAUUGUGCACGUACAUACGCCGUCAGAUCAAAUUUUCACUGAGAGAAUCUCCUGUACGUACAGACUCACCUCCUUCCUUCCUUCCAAAACUCCGGACACCCUUGGACACCGCCAGAGGCAGUGAAAUGAAGUGCCCUCUUUUACCCCACAUCUGUCACAGGUACAGGGAGAGGUCCUCCUGCGGAUCUGUUUUCCGUGCAUUAAACUUAAUCAGGAGAGAAAUCUUUCAGUAAAUUGUAAAUUUCAGAAAUUAUACCUUUUCCGAAAGGAUUCUUUGUAAAAAUUUCCUCUUAGUGACAGAACAUACAAUGGGCUCGGUUUGUUUUGAUCAAGAUCUUUUUUGUUGUUUGUUUGUUUGUUUGAAGACACAUGAAAGUAGCCAGGUCAAAACUACACAGGAAGAUCAAACCAGACUUGAAAGUUUCUCUCUGUCACAGUGAUGUCGUUGACACUUCGCACCUUAUCUCCUCAUCUCCUUCCUAGCUGUGUGCUCCCUUCCAGGGUACCUGGCUGACGAGGCCCCUGCGGUGCGGGACACCUCUGUGAGGCAGGGAGGAAGGACAAUCUUCAAAGCCUGGCCGUACAGUGACCCCCCCACCCCAAACUUCAAUGGAGGGCUGUCCGAUAGGUGGAAGGAGGGAUGACCGAAAGGUGAUUGGUUAGGGGCGGUACCAGGUUUGUGUAGAAGUGAGCAACUUGAGCUUUGACCCCUUUUUUCUGUCUUAUACACAGAAGAGCAGCAGCGAGCACCUUACACUUUGACAGAAGGAGAGCAUUUCUCAGGUAAAUUCUGCAGUCCGUCUGUCUGUCCUUCUCACUCCACGGCUGCUGUACUACAGUGAACUUUACCGUACUGCCUGUUUGACUUUUCUUUUCAGUUAAACAUGGACAAGUGAAAGUGCCUCCGGAAACAAAAGCAUAUCGAAGAGCCGCAACACAAAGAGGAAGAAACAGAAGGUAGGUUGGUUUAAUUUUUAGAGGAGAUAAUUGUAAAAAUGUUUGCAAAAUGCGCUCGUUUGAUAAAAGGGCGUUUUUUAUUUUCUCUUGCAGACUCGGCAGAGGCCUCCUCUCCCGGCGAAUCUGAGGUCUCCGAGUACCAGCUGGAGGGGGAUGGCGCCAGCAGCAGCAGCAGCAGCAGCUCCAGCCCCAGCCCCAGCCCCAGCAGCAGCAGCUGCAGCCCCAGCCCCAGCCCCAGCCCCAGCCCCAGCAGCCCCAGCCCCAGCCCCAGCAGCCCCAGCCCCAGCCCCAGCAGCUCCAGCCCCAGCCCCAGCCCCAGCAGCAGCAGCCCCAGCCCCAGCAGCAGCCCCAGCCCCAGCAGCUGCAGCCCGAUCUCCAGCCCCAGCAGCAGCCCCAGCCCCAGCAGCUGCUGCUGCUGCAGCCCCAGCCCCAGCAGCUGCAGCCCCAUCUCCAGCCCCAGCAGCAGCUGCAGCCCCAUCUCCAGCCCCAGCAGCAGCUGCAGCCCCAGCCCCAGCCCGAGCAGCAGCAGCAGCAGGUGCAGCUCCAGCCCCAGCCCCAACCCCAGCAGCCCUAGCCCCAACCCCAACCCCAGCAGCAGCAGCAAGGUCCCUUUGAAGAGCAGGGCCUCCACAUCUGCCUCUGAGCCCUGCGAGACAAGGCCUUCCACGAGGGCCUCCGCAUCCUCCUCCCAGCCGACCCGCUGCACCAUCUACAGGAGGAGACUCAGGGCUCAGAGAGACCGGAAGGUCCUGGCCGAGAGGGCGGCGGCGGUGGGGACCGUAGUGCAGCCCGGCGAGCCAUGCCGGGCCUGUGGCAUGCCCAGGGUGCUUGAGAGCGGGCACGCCUACUAUCGGGGCCAGUUUUUCUGCGAGGUGGAACAGGGGCCUGGAAAAACUUGCGCCCAGUGGGUGGAGGAGCAGAGGCCCAGGGAGGUGCCACUGCCCAGGACAACCGCCUGGAGGAUGAGGAAGGGGAUGGAGGAGGAAGGCCCGCCCGGAGGGAAAAAACCCAGAAAACUGCACAAGCUUCGGGUCUGCCAGAGGUGCGGCCAGCCGGUGCAGGCGGACUUUGGCCACAGCCAGUAUGUGGCGGGCGGCAGCAGGGAGGCCUUCUGCGCCAUGUAUGAAGGCAAGACGGUGGAGGUGUGGCUGGCGGAGAGGAGAGCCGGGCGGAGGAAAGACGGCCCUUCUCCGGACUCUGCCCGAAGACAGGAUUGA